AUGCCUCCAAGAACACCAGUAUCAUCAAGGGUAGCAUCGCAACCAAAAGAUUCUCAGAACUCUUCUCAAAAGAAAAUGAAACAGAGUUCUGUUUUAUCUUUUUUCUCAAAGGCUACUACUACUGCUUCUCCAACAUCGAACAAGAACAAAAUAUUAUCACAACCAUCUAAAAGUAUUUCUGCUAAAGCACUAAAAUCUAAUCAAAACAAAGUACCUAUAAAAGAUGAAAUAAGUAUUGGUGAUCUAGAUGAUGACGAUGAUGAUAUGAACAGUGAUAAUCAUACACCUGUUACAAUAGAUGUCAAAGAUCCUCUGCCAUCCAGUAAGGGUCCUAACCGGCCCACGUCUUCACAAUCUGUUCAUAACGUAGCUACUAUGUCCACUCCGCAAGAUCUAAAUAUAACAGCAAUGGAUACCUCUAUCGAUGAUGAGCCGUUGACAUUAAUUGGAUCUAAGAGAGCAAGACAAAAUAAAAGGAAUAUAAGUUAUGCAGAAGAUUCUAAUGACGACGACGACGAUGAUGAUAUCAGUCUAUCUACUAGGAAGAAGAAGAGAAUCCUACCCAAAGAUGAAGAUUCAGACAACGAUGCUGAAUUCAUUCCGGAUAAAACCGUGCUGGAACAAUUAAGUUCAGAUAAUGAUGACGAACCAUUAAACCAUGAUCUUGAGAAUUUUGAAUCAAGUGACGAUGAUGAUAUCCUCGCAUUAAGUGAAACUAAAAAGAAACUCAAACCAUCAACAUCAUCAUCAUCAUCAUCAUUUCUAAUGAAAAAGAAACCAUCUUUCAAAAUUCAACCAAAUAAGAAAAGAACGGUAACGCCCCCCACUCAAUCGAAAUCAAAUAAAUUCAACAAGACCAAUGAAGAAAGGUAUCAAUGGUUGGUUGAUGAACGUGACGCACAACGCCGUCCUCCAACAGACCCAGAGUAUGAUCCAAGAUCAUUAUAUAUCCCCUCAGCAGCAUGGAACAAAUUCACUCCAUUUGAAAAACAAUAUUGGGAAAUUAAAUCCACCAUGUGGGAUUGUAUUGUGUUCUUCAAGAAGGGGAAAUUCUUUGAACUAUAUGAAAAGGAUGCUUUACUGGCUAAUUCGUUAUUCGAUUGGAAAAUUGCAGGUGGUGGUAGAGCUAAUAUGCAAUUGGCUGGAAUUCCGGAAAUGUCGUUUGGUUACUGGGCUUCACAAUUCAUUCAAUUGGGUUAUAAAGUUGCCAAAGUGGAUCAAAGAGAGUCUAUGUUGGCUAAGGAAAUGAGAGAAGGUUCAAAAGGUAUAGUGAAGAGAGAACUGGAAUGUGUGUUAACUUCAGGUACUUUAACGGAUGGUGAUAUGUUACAUUCCGAUUUAGCUACGUUUUGUUUCGCCAUUAGAGAAGAACCUAAAACUUUCUACAAGAGUAAUGAAGUGCGGAUCGAAGAAGAAGAUAAUGAUACCAUUCAAGGACUACCAAAGAGGUUAUUUGGAGUUGCCUUUAUUGAUACAGCUACAGGUGAAUUGCAAAUGUUAGAAUUCGAAGAUGAUGAUGAAUGUACAAAAUUAGAUACUAUCAUGUCUCAAGUGAAACCAAAAGAAAUCAUCAUGGAAAAAAAUAAUUUGUCAAGUUUGGCAAAUAAAAUUGUCAAAUUUAAUGCAGCACCACAUGCGAUUUUCAAUAACAUUAAACCAACCACUGAAUUUUAUGAUUUUGAAAGAACUUACGAUGAAUUAAAUGCAGGGAACUAUUUCGAAGAUGAAUCUAAAUGGCCAUCAAUUUUGAGAGAAUACUAUGACAGUGGGAAGAAAAUCGGGUUUAGUGCAUUUGGUGGAUUAUUAUAUUAUUUGAAAUGGUUAAAACUGGAUCAAAAUCUACUGACUAUUGGGAAUAUUAAAGAAUAUAAUCCAAUUGAAUCACAACAUUCAUUGAUUCUUGAUGGUAUCACGUUACAAAACUUGGAAAUAUUUAGUAAUUCAUUUGACGGUACUGAUAAGGGAACUUUAUUCAAAUUGUUUGAUAGAGCGAUAACGCCAAUGGGGAAGAGAAUGAUAAAGAAAUGGUUAAUGCAUCCAUUAUUACAUAGGUGUGAUAUCGAGAAAAGAUUAGAUAGUGUAGAUUCCUUAAUGAAUGAUUCAAGUUUAAGAAAUUUCUUAGAAUCAACAUUUUCGAAAUUCCCGGAUUUGGAAAGAAUGCUAGCACGUAUUCAUUCUGGGACUAUCAAACUAAAGGAUUUUGUUAAAGUUAUUGAAGCAUUUGAAGAAAUUGUUCAACUCCAAGAAUCGAUAAAAGAAUACGAUUUGAAAGGUGCACUUUCAAUAUAUUUCCAACAAAUACCCAAUACACUUUCAAAGGCAGUAUCCGAAUGGACGGAUGCAUUCGAUAGAAUGAAAGCUGUAGAGGAAGAUAUAAUAAUACCUGAAAGUGGGAUCGAACCUGACUUUGAUAAAUCAUUGAGCGAUAUUCGACAACUAGAAAACGAAUUACAAGAUUUAUUACAAGAUUAUAGGAGAACUUUCAAAUGUGCUACUAUUCAAUAUAAAGAUUCUGGGAAGGAAAUAUAUACUAUUGAGGUACCUGUUGCUGCAACAAAGAGAAUCCCACCUAAUUGGGUUCAAAUGGCAGCAAAUAAAUCCACUAAGAGAUAUUAUUCAGAUGAAGUAAGGGCAUUAGCAAGGUCUAUGGCCGAGGCAAGAGAAUUACACAAAGUUCUGGAAGAUGAUUUAAAGAGUCGAUUAUGUAAAAGGUUUGAUGUUCAUUAUGAUACCAGUUGGAUGGCAACGAUUCAAGUCCUUUCAAAUAUUGAUUGUUUAUUAUCAUUAACCAGAACUUCAGAAUCGUUAGGAAUGCCAUUUUGUCGUCCUAUUUUCAAGGAUGAAGUUGACAGCACAAUGGGUACCAAGUUAAAUGGUUACUUGAAGUUCAAAUCAUUAAGACAUCCCUGUUUUAACUUAGGAACAUCAAAUGAUAAGGAUUUCAUCCCCAAUGAUGUAGAGUUAGGUAAAGAUGAACCGCAAUUAGGGUUAUUAACAGGUGCCAAUGCUGCAGGAAAAUCCACAGUCUUAAGAAUGACAUGUGUUGCAGUGAUAAUGGCACAAAUGGGUUGCUAUGUUCCAUGUGAGUAUGCUGAGCUAACACCAGUGGAUAGAAUCAUGACAAGAUUAGGAGCUAAUGACAAUAUAAUGCAAGGUAAAUCAACAUUCUUCGUUGAACUAUCAGAGACUAAGAAGAUUCUUGACUUGGCUACAAACCGUUCAUUGUUAGUGUUAGAUGAAUUAGGUAGAGGUGGUUCUUCUAGUGAUGGUUUUGCCAUUGCGGAGAGUGUUUUACAUCAUGUUGCUACACAUAUUCAAAGUUUAGGAUUUUUUGCUACACAUUACGGUACAUUGGGACUAGGUUUCAAAGGACAUCCACAGGUUAGACCGAUGAAGAUGAGUAUCCUUGUUGAUGAUGAUACUAGGAAUGUUACAUUUUUGUAUAAAUUAGUUGAUGGCCAGAGCGAAGGUUCAUUUGGUAUGCAUGUUGCGUCUAUGUGUGGAAUCCCCAAGGAAAUUGUUGAUAAUGCACAAGAUGCAGCUGAUAAUUUGGAACAUACAUCGAAACUAAUUAAAGAACGUAAAUUGUUGAAUGAUGGACUAAAUGGUGAUAUAGUUACGAUCCCAUUAGGAUUACAAAGUGAUUUUGUGAGGCUUGUUCAUGGAGAUGGAUUAACGAACAGUAAGAAAGGUACAGGUGAGUCUGUAUUGAAUUAUGAUUGGAACGUUAAACGUAAUGUUCUUCAAACGCUUUUCACAUUCAUUGAUAACUUGGAUGAUUGA